UAGAUAUUUGAUUUUUUAAAAUUAUGAAUGGCUAAAUAUAGUAUAAUUGCGUGUGAGUGUAUGAAAAGGGUAUUUAAACGUAAAAGUUAUAAAUGGAAUUACUUUUAAAGUAGCCACCUGUCUGUCGAGGAAGAAAACAGUUUAUAGGAAUUUAUAAUCAAUUUAAUUCUUGGUAUAUUUGUUCCGGGUGGAUAUUGAUACGUUAAUUGUAGUUACAACUAGAAAAAUCAAAAUGAAGUUUUUCUCAAUUGUUUUUGUGUUAUGGAUUCCAAAUAUUUCAUGUCUUCUCCGAUGGUCAUCUGACGACAACGUUGAAUACAGAGAAGAAAUACCAGUUGAAAUAUCACAGGGUCAACGUACAAGACGAUCAGCAGACGACAGCUUUCAUCCACAGACUUAUGACCUUGACCUAAAAGUUGAAGGGUCACAAGUUCAUUUCCAUUUAGUACGGAAUGACGACAUCAAGACUAAUGUUCCAACUUUAUCCUUGAGUCAAGGAACACUAACAGACAUCUACCUACAAGAACAAAAGGAGUCCAUAUUUUAUCAAGAUAUAAAGAAAGGAGCAUCGUUUGUAGUUCAACAAGACAAAAAGCAGUCAGAAAGUAUGUUUGGGACUUUCAAUUCCGGUGGUGACAGUUUUAUCCUCCAAUCACCCAAAGAAAGAUUGUCUUCGUUACUUUCCGGCAGCAACACAUUUGAGUUGAUCAAAGAAAUUAGAAAUCGAACUGAGUUUGGAGAUGGAUUACAAUCCGAUGAUAGGUUUGAAAGUCUACCUGUAAGGAAACACCACCGACAGAAGAGAGCCACCGGAUCGAACCAAAUAGAACUUUUAAUAUUCUGUGACUAUGCUAUUUAUGAUUAUUGGUACAACCAAAGUGAGGCUUCGGCACCAUCUGAAAAAGAGACUGAAGCACUUACAUCUGUCCGCCAAUAUUAUGCCUUUGUUUUAAAUGGGAUGGAUGCUAUGUAUAAGAAUAUCCAGACGUCUGAUUAUACAAUAUCGGUCUUAUUUGCUGGGAUUGUUAUAUCGCAGACCCAAGAUGAGGCCCCAUGGACUGAGAGUAUUAAGGAUACAACUGUUACACCCAACACAGUUGAUUCAUUACAAGGCUUGAACAAAUUCUCUGAUUGGAUUCAAGCAAAUUCAUCACAUUUACCGGAAAGAGACCAUUCUAUGUUGUUCACCAGAUAUGACUUAACGAGAGACGGAUCCAAUUCAAAUCUUGGACUAGCCUGGACCGGUGCAAUUUGUGGUACUUUCAGUCAAUCCAUCGUAGAGGAUGGAUUUAAUUUUAUCAUUAUUACUGUAGCAACUCAUGAACUAGGACACAGUCUGAGUGCCAAACAUGAUGGUACUUCAAACGUGUGCAGUUCGACCGAUGCCUUUAUUAUGGCUCCAUCAAGUGGUCCUCAACAAGAUUCUAAUAAAGCAGGGAAUCCAUGGAUAUUUUCAACGUGUUCCACAGCCUACUUCACAUCACAGAUAAACACUCUUGAAUCGUCCGGAAGUAAUUGUUUGAAGACAUUGGGAUCCAAUUUUGACCCGACGGCAUUGGCGCCGUACGACCAAUCAUUAGCCGGACUAGUUAAUGACGCCGACGCCCAAUGUGUACACAUUUACGGAAACAAUUCAUACAUGAGUAGGAAUCUGUACAGUGGUAACUUUGAAUCUAUAUGCAGUCUACUAUGGUGCUAUAAUCCAGCGAUUGCACGGUUUUCCGGGGUAAUAGCAGGAGAAGGAACUUUGUGUGGCAACAAUAAGUGGUGCGUUUCUGGUUUAUGUACAUCAGAUAGCAAUGCUCCUAGCGGAAAUGAAAACUGUUUAUACGGCGACAAAAGAGGGCGGAUAUUUAGUAAUCAAGACUGGACAUGUGCUGACAUGUACGCUAUUGCACCAUACAACUGUGCUGUAGUACCAGUUGACUGUUGUGCGACAUGUAAUCCGGAAACAACAACUGAUGCGCCCUCAACUGAAACACAAACAACAACUUCUCAACCACAGACUUCAACAGAAUAUUUAACAACUACCGAAUCAGUUACUAUAAAAGAGCAUCGGACAACAAUUGAGUCGGUUAUUACUACAGAGUCUCUGACAACAAUUGAAUCAGUUACAACUACAGAGCCUCUAACAACAACUGAAUCGGUAACUACAACAGAGCCUAUGACAACAACUCACUCUGUCACAACAACAGAGCUUAUGACAACAACUGAAUCGGUCACCACAAAAGAGCCUCUGACAUCAACUGAAUCUGUCACUACAACAGCACCACAGACAACCACUGAAUCAGUAACUACAACGGAGCCUCUAACAACAACUGAAUCUGUCACUACAACAGAACCGCUUACAACAACUGAAUCGGUUACUACAACAGAGCCUCUGACAACACCUACUGAAUUUAUCACUAUACCAGAACCUCUGACAACAACUGAAACGGUUACUUUAACAGAGCCUCUGACAACUUCUGAAUCAAUAACUACAACAGAGCCUUUGACAACUACUGAAUCAAUAACUACAACAGAGCCUUUGACAACUACUGAAUCUAUCACUAUAACAGAACCUCUGACAACAACUGAAUCGGUUACUACAACAGCGCCUCUGACAACUGAAUCGGUUACUGCAACAAAGCCACUCACAACUACUGAAUCAACUACUACAAUAGAGCCUGUGACAACAACUGAAUCAGUUACUACAAAAAAGCCACUGACAACUACUGAAUCAGUUACCGCAACAGAGCCUCUGACAACUACUGUACCGGUUACUAUAACAGAGCCUAUGACAACAACUGAAUCGAUUACUACAACAGAGCCUGUGACAACAGCUGAAUCAGUUACUACAACAACUAUAGAAUCAGGACAGUUUGAAGCUUCUGUGACAAUGGAUAAAACUUGGAAUCCAGCAUAUGCUAACUCCUCAAGCACAGAAUAUUUAGACUUACAUAAAAACUUUACUAAGCAGCUUACGAAUAUGUAUGAAAAUACAACAAUCAGAGAUGAUAUACAGAAUUUAACAAUCACUGGAUUUAGGAAUGGUAGUGUUAUUGCGGAUUAUAUGAUAGAACUUAAACCGGGGACAACAGAAUCUGAAACAACUAUAACAAAUAUUACAAAACAAGCAGUGGAAAAUAUCAAAUCAAACCCGUCACCUGAGUUUGACCUUAUUAAGUUGAUUAACACAGACAAAAUUGUUGUCGAAGAAGCUAUAGCAAAAACCACUUAUGGAAUGACGUCGCAACCAGAUGAGACUACUCAAAGCACAACACAGUCAGUAGAGACAACGGAUAAUUUAGAGUCUCUUAUAAUUGGUAUCAGUGCAGUAUCUGGAGUUAUCAUAUUAGGUUUUGGAACUUGCAUUAUUAUUUGUUGUAUGCGUUUGAAGAAAUCAUCUGAAAAUGAAGAUAAAACAAACAAGGGAUAGAAGGUUGCAGUACUUUCCAUUAAAGAUGGUAAUUUCGGACUUACCGUAAGAUACUUAAGGUGUACCCAACACUUGACUAAUAUUAAUUUGGCUCGUUUAAUUUUCAUAAAAUUUUGACAAAAUGUUUACUUUGACCCUUUGACAGAUAUAUAAAAAUUUCAAAAAAUUUGAACCAACCACUUUAUCAGAAAAAUUUCACUGGUUAUAUAGCAGUUUGACAAACACUAAUUUUAAUCAUUGAGAAGCUUAAUAUUUCCUUAACAAUACAACGUAAUUAAAACGUUUAGCUGAUUUUUACAGAGUUAUCUGCCUGUAGUUUUAGGUACCACCUUAACACAUAACAAAAGUAAUUGGAUAGACAAUAAAUGAUAAGAUGAUACCAAAGGCGUAAUCAAAGACUACUGAAAAUCCAAAUAAAGAAGAACAAAUAUUUGUGUUAUAUUAUCUUGUUCAAACAAAAAAAAAAGGAUGUCAUACAUGUAACAAAAACGCUAAACAUGUUUCUGAUUUAUUAAUAAAUAAGAAUGCAUUUAGACACUAGCACAUCUGUUACUGUAAAAGAGAGGCGAAAGACACCAAAGUGAUAUUCAAAAUAAUAAGUCAAACAAAAAACAUGACAAUGCCAUGGCAACAAUGUGAAAAACAAUCAAUAAUUAACAGUACGCAUAACACAACAUAAAACAAUAAAGACUGAGCAACAAGAAACCCACAGAAAAUUGGAGUGAUAUCAGGUGCUCCGGGAAGGGUAAGCAGAUCCUGUUGAUAAAACAGGUUUUCGGUGUUAAUUAAAAGCGGAAAAAGAGUAUUUGUUCUACUGGAAGAUAGCUCACGUUGAACUUCUUUUCUGUUCUUGGCGUUUAAAGUUAUUUCCUGACAAUUUUUAACGGGAAUGCCCGAAUAUUUAUAUAUGACAUAAUUAUAUAUGAGUACACAUCACAUCCAUAUCCACAUAUACUAGAAGACCUAGAAUAUAUUUUUUAAACGUGUUUAUCAAGCUUUAAUCACUACGUACUGCUAUUGUGUAUUAACUCAACGCACACACAUAUACGAAAUAAUUAAUACAUGUACCUGUCGGUCGCCGAAGCAUUAUUAAUAUUAUAUAACAAAUAUUUUAAAAUUAUAUUUUGUUUUAAUUUGAUUUUGAUAUACAUUUUUACAAUUGUUUAAGUCACACGUAUAUGUGUCCAUUUUUAUGUGUGGCUUUUAACAUCAAUAUUGCAAUGUGCCAAACAUAUUUUUUUUUAUUAUACUAUAUACCUUAUAAAGUGCAAUUACAAAUGUAUUAUUAUUGUUUUCAUAUAUUUGAUAUAUACUUUAAUAAAUCAUUGCUUUAGA